UAUUGGGGAAGAGGAAAUGCAGAUUUACGCACAUAAACUCGUCAGAUUACUUGUACAUCUAAUAUCACUGAGCUUCCAUCAUAUUUAUAGACUACUGCAGUUUGUAUUUUACAUAAGCCGUUCUGCCUGACUCAAUUACUUUAAUCUUCACCCUCUUCCCUUUUCUCUUCUCUUCCUACAGUCAAUGUGCUUGCUUUCCCGCAUCUGCUAGUUAUAUCUUACUUUCUUUCUGUCUCUCGCUCCCUCUUCCCCUGGAAUACGUACCACGAAUCUCUCCCGAGUCCCAAGUGACAGAUGACUGUUGUCACGUGGUGCCAAUGUUUGCCUCCUCUGCCCAUUUCCCUGUCUCUCCACCAAACUCUCAGUUUCCUCGGGCUCUCUCUCAGUCGAGGGACCGACCACUCCACAGACAUGGCUUGACCGUGCAAGCUCGCCUGAGACCCGACCUGACGGUGCGCUCUACAACGAUACCGUGCAACAGAAUGGAGCUGUUCAUAUACACAACUUUCUGCGGCAUGUUAGCGGCCACAGGAUAUGGCUUUCAGAUCCAAUGUUAUCAAUGUGAAGAAUUCCGAUUGAACGACGAUUGCUCAUCUCCGGAGUUCAUCGCAAACUGUACUGUCAACGUCCAAGACAUGUGUUUAAAGGAAGUGAUUGUCAAAAGUGACGGGGUCAUGUACCGAAAGUCCUGUGCUGCUUCUACAUCUUGCCUCAUUACGUCUGCAGGUUAUCAGUCAUUUUGCUCCCCAGGAAAGGUGGGAUCUGUAUGCAUCAGCUGCUGUAACACUCCACUUUGUAAUGGACCCCGACCCAGGAGGAGAGGAAACUCAUCAACGUCUCCCAGAGCAAGUCUAAAGCUCUUAGCUGCUGUUGGAAUACUCACAUCGACACUUCUAACAUAAACUCAUAAAGUGACAGAAACUUUGAGAAGAUUAAUUACCAU